ACGUUAGAGGGGCAAGCUUGUGAAUGGUUCCAUAAGUUGCCUUAAGGGUCGAUUGACAAGUGGAGCGACCUGGCCCAUAAAUUUUUGGUGCACUUCGCAUCUAGCCGGAGACAAAAGCUCCCGUUCUCACACUUGCUCAAUGUGAAAAUCCGGAAAGGGGAGCAACUCCGGGAAUUUAUCAACAGGUGGGAGAAGGAGGCUAGGGACGUCCAAGGGGCAGACGACCAUGCCCUGAUCGCCAUGCUCCAAGCGGCACUCCCUCAAGGGGAUGUGCGCAAGGAGCUGCGACGGAAUCCACUCUCGACCUACAAGUAGAUGCUAGCCAGGGCGAAGUAUCUAGCGUUGGAAGAAGAAGACGACGAGCCACCUGUCCGGAAGGAGAAGAAGAGCGGACACCCAGUGGCGGAAGGAAGAAAGAGGAAAGAUUUUGGUAAAGGACCGAACCCUACCGGAUAUCAGACGAGUAGACAGCCCGUCCAUGCAGUACAGUCCUUACCAGCCCCUCCCCGCAGCCAAGAAAGCUAUAACGUCCAAGACGCGCCCAAGUACUGCGAAUACCAUCGUAACAGCACCCACAACACGUCGAAGUGCGUUACGCUGAAGAAGGAAAUGGACCAGCUGAUUGCUAGAGGACCGCCUCCUCGGCCGGAGCGACCAGCACCUGGGAACCGAACCUGGAGGAGGCCGGCGGCCGCCGCUGCAGCGAUAACCGCUGAGGAUGGGCAGGAGGACGGAAGAUGGCAUCUGGGGAGAGAUUGUGACGACCUGGAUGAGGAAGAGCGACAAAAUCGCCAACAUUUGGGAUGUCGGUUUAUUAUGGGUGGCAACACCGGAGGGGACUCGGUGUCCUCACAAAAGAAGUGGAAGAAUAUGGUACAUCUGGCUGAAGUGCAAAGGCCACCGCUGCCCAAACGUAAGAAGAAGGAACCGUUGAUCUUCACAUAUGAAGAUUACCCGCCAGUUCUCAGUCCCCAUCGGGAUGCACUGGUGGUGAAGGUAGAGAUCAAUAGUGUGGUCGUCCAUCGCAUGUUGGUCGAUACUGGCAGCUCGGUCAAUAUCAUGUACAACAAUACCUUCAAGGAGCUGGGGUUGUCACGGGGCGACCUUAAACCAAUCCGUACCCCGUUGUCAGGAUUCACAGGGGACACUAUCGAACCAAAGGUUUUUUCCAACCAAAGGAAGCAGGGGGUUUUUUCCAACCAAAGGUUGAGGAGACCUGAAUGCUUGAAAUAAGGUUCAAAAGACAACUUGAAAAGAAGAUGGGACUUGUAAGAAAACAGGUGACAUCGA